AUGGCUAAAGCAAGAGUCCAGUCCAAGCACUCUCGUGCUGCCCGGCGGGCGGCAUCGCCAAGUCUCGACGUUGACAAGUCUUUGACCUCUCUCCCCCGCGCCCAACAAACAGAGAUACAGCGUGAAACUAUCCUCUCAGAUCGCGCAAAUGCUGGUGUGAUAAAAAAGCAAUCGAAGCCUAAGGCCAUGACAAGGGCGCAGCGUCUCAGGCAGCAGAAAGGUAUCGAAAGAGCAGAGAAUAUCUUGGGUCAACUGGAUAAAAAAGUGGAGAAGAGUGUCGGCCGGGCAAAAAUUGUGAAAUCGCGUAGGGGCGACUGGGAAGACCUGAAUCGCAAGUCGACGACAACCCUGUUUCAGAACCUCAAUGACGAGGCCGAAGAUAAUGACGACGAUGACGCUAUGGUUGAUGCUUCCGUGCCGUCUAAAAAGGCAAAGACGCAGUCGCAACCAAUUUACGUGGCUCGAAAUUCUGUGGCUGAGGAGCACGCAAGUAUUGACGUGGACGACGAUAUUAGCUGA